GGAUCCAGGGCCAUGUGGAGAGCACAUACUUCAGGUGACACUUCAUUAAAAGCCCCUCAGAGCUGGGUUGGGGCAUGGGGAGUGGUGGUGGCACAAAGGGAGACAAGAUCUAUGGCUUAAUGAUAUUGGGAUUCCUCUGGACAGAGGCUGUGGGUAAUAUUCUGAAGUUCCUGGGAACGCACCCUUGUGAGAAGUCAGACAAUGUGCCAGAUAACAAGAACACCCACACACUGCUCCUGGCUGGUGUGUUCCGGGCUGGUCAUGACAUCCUCGUGUGCUCCCAGCUGCUGCUUUUGGACACAGUAACAAUGCAGGUGACAGCCAGAAGUUCGGAGGAGCUGCCAGUAGACAUCAUCGUGGCGCCUGUGGGCUAAGAGGACAGCCUGCAUAGGCCCUACUCCUACCCUUUCCCCCCAACACUACGCAGAAGUCACACCUUCCUCCUGAACCCAGUGGAAACUCCUUCCCAAGCCUCUGUAUUCAAAAAUAAUUAGGAAUCACUGAGGAUUUUUUUUUUUAA